AUGAAUCUGUCUUUGCACUGUGAUGGCUCCACUCAGCUGAGAGGGUUUAGAAAUAAUGAAGCAUUUAAUCCAGCAUGUGUAAUAAAGAAGACAUCAUCAGGUUCCUCCUGUGUGUUUGAUAAAGUCUAUCAAGUAGACAGUGGAGAGUACUGGUGCGAGGCUGAAGGAGAAAAGAGAAGUAAUACUAUCAACAUCACAGUGACUGGUGGUUCUGUGAUCCUCGACAGUCUGACUCUUGCUGUACCUGAAAGCAGCAGUGUCACUCUUCUCUGCAGAAAUAAGACAUCUUCUAGUAACUUUGCAUUUUUCUACAAAGAUGAUAUCAAGUUGGAACAAGUAGCCAUAGAAAAAAUAAAAAUUAACAACUUUUCCAAGCUGAAUGAAGGCCUUUACAAGUGCAGCAUCCCUGAUGUUGGAGAGUCACCGGGAAGCUGGCUGGCCAUGAAAGCGUUACCUGCAUCGCCUCAUGAAGACACUCGCCCUCAUGGUUCUCACUACAAAUAUGUCAUUGCCCUGCUUUGGACUGCCAUCAUCAUUUUGAUCAUGAUACUGGUGACUCUGCUUCGUCGAUUUCUUCAUACAAGGAAAAGCAGAGGAUUUCGGCUUUUCUGUUCAUUGCCUUUACAAAGGAUACUAACAAGAACAUCACACUCUGCUGAAGCCAAUACAGCAGAUGAUUCAGAUGAACUUGUGUACUCCACUUUAACCAUACAUGGGGCACAAAAAAGUUGCCAGCUGGCAGAAUCAGACUUGACAGUGAAUUCCAGAGUAGGUGAAGGCCCAGGCGUCACAGUCAAGGAAGAUAUUUAUUCCUCUAUCCAGAUUGCCACAGAGUGCAGUGACACCUGACUGCAAAAGCAAGGCAUUCUCAAUUUAAAGCUGUGCUGAAAAUCUAAAAAAAAACCCCAAGAAAAAAUGUUUGUUUUAAAAAGUGUAAAUGUAAUUUUGACAGUACUUUUUUUGGUUAACUUUUUGGUACCUGCAGUCUCCACCUGAUGUGGACGUGAAGACAAAUUUUGAUUGUUUCCCCCUUUCCAAUAAUUAUUGUAAAUUAUUAUUCAAAAUGUGUUUUUACAUUUUUUGAAGUCAGCCCUGAAGUCAGUUUUACAAUGCAAGCAAAUAGUUGCUCAAUCUCUUUCAUAAUGAGUACUGUUUUUAUAUCACCAUUUUUUGUAUGGCGUAAUUUGUGUAAUAUGUAAUUUGUGCAGUACUUUAUGAUUUGUUGAAACAAUAUGAGAAAAUGUUUGUCACAAUACUAUUUUUGUUGUUGUUUUCAGGAUGAACAAUGAGUCUUUGGGCUAGUGCUUGUCAUGUAAUUAAUGUAUCCUUAGUGCUUAUUUUCUUAUUAUAUUGUUUUAUGUACUUUAAUAAUGAAGGUCUGUAAAGCAAGGCCACUUUUGACUUACAAACUAAGUGCUCAGCCAGACUGAAAAACAGGAAGUUAGUGUAGAGUUAUACAAGCAUAUUAAUAAAUACAGGAAGCCAGACAGAAAAGAGGAACUUGUGCCAUAAAGAAUGUUGGUAUCAAAACUGUGACGUGUAAAGUACCAAAAUAACACCUAUAUGAGACACAGUUUAUGAUUCUAAUGUUAGAAAUCCUGCAACUGGCG